AAGGGUUUGAUUUAAGCAGCCGGCUUGUGAGAAGCUGCUUUUGUAUUGAACAACUUCUCUUUUGACCCCCCCUUCAAAAUAAAAGUCUACCAGGUCCCCUGAAUACGUUUAUGUAUUUAUUAAAACUUGAAAUAAAAAUAAAUUAAUGAAUUCUCAUAUUUCUGAAUAUCUAGACCUCAUAUUUACGUGUUUCCUCCAAAAUAAGUUCACGACUAAAAGCAGGUGUUUCAACGUGUUUCUAGGUGUUUUAAAGUGUUUCCAGGUGUUUUAAAGUCUUUAGUGUCUCCAGAAGCAAAUCUAGAUUUAGAGAAGAGUGAGAUCUCUGUAGCCGCUGCUCAUCUCCGCUAGCUUGCUAGCUAGCACACCGCACAGCCAGUCAGAGAAAGAGGUGCAUUGUGGGAACACGUCUAACCCUUGACGUCCUCCCUCAGGUCAGGUGACCAGCAGCUUGUCGGCGUCUCAGAUGGCGAGCGGCGUCAGCCUGGUGUCCUUCAACAGCCGCGGUCUGGAGGGGAUGCACCAGCGCUCGUACUCCGUCUCCAGCGCCGACCAGUGGACCGACGCCACCGUCAUCGCCAACUCCGGAGUCAGCACAGAUACCGGUCUGGGAGACUCAGUCUGCUCCAGUCCCAGUAUCUCCAGUACCACCAGUCCCAAGAUGGAGCCGCCGCCAUCGCCGCACGCCAACCGCAAGAAGCACCGCCGGAAGAAGAGCACCAGCAACUUUAAAGCCGACGGCCUCUCUGGUACUGCGGAAGGUAACGCCAUCUCCCCCCCCCUCGCCUCUCACUUUCCCCGCCCAGGUCCGACUGCUAAAUGCCCCCCCAGAAACAAGUACUUCAAAUAUCUUGUACACUUUCAAAUCCAGCCUCCAAAUAUCCAUUUACUUCCACUAAUCUAAAGACAUCAUUCUAACCAAUGUUUCUAAACAUCUGUGUACUUGUACACACAUUUCACUUAUAAUAUACUUAAGAUACUUCCAAACACGUUCAACUAUAUAUUUAGAUGCCUCAAAAUACAUGAAGAUUUACAUACUUUAAAAAUGAUUCCAAAUAUGUACAUGCUUAUAUAUAUAUAUAUAUAUAUAUAUUGUAUACUUCCAAAUACAUAUCUACUUGUGUACUUCUAAAUACUUUAAAUAUCUAUCGUUUAAAAAGCAGUAGGAUUAUACAGUAUAAUUGUAAAUACUUCCUACUAUACUCACACAGGUGUAAAUAAAUAUAAUUUUACCUAUAACAUUCUGCAUCAUUGAAGUUUCAGCACAGUACUCUGAAGUAUUCUUCACAGUACUACGUGUACAGUCUAUGACCCGGGUUGGGAAACGCAGUCAUGUGAUCGUCUGAGACUCCCGACCUCUCGAUAGGAGGGACAGAUCUCCUCAUCCUCUCAUUCUGUCAGCCCUUCAUCUCUUCAUCCUCUUCCUCUUCCUCUGAUCUAACUCUGGACCAGUUUGUGACAUAACCGGAACCCUGAUCUGAGACCUCCGGGGUCGUGGUGGGAGGUAAAGACAGGAAGUAAAAGACAGGAAGGUAAAGACGGGAAGUAAAGACGGGUGGUAAUAGACGGGUAGUAAAGGUGGGAAGUAAAGACGGGUGGUAAUAGACGGGAAGUAAAGAUAGGUGGUAAUAGUCAGGAAGUACAGACGGGAAGUAAAACACAGGUGGUAAUAGACGGGAAGUAAAGACGGGUGGUAAUGGACGGGAAGUAAAGGUGGGAAGUAAAAGACAGGUGGUAAUAGACGGGAAGUAUAGACAGGAAGUAAAAGACGAGUGGUAAUAGAUGGGAAGUAAAGGCGGGAAGUAAAAGACAGGUGGUAAUAGACGGGAAGUAUAGACAGGAGGUAAAAGACGGGUGGUAAUAGAUGGGAAGUAAAGGCGGGAAGUAAAAGGCCGGAGGUAAUAGACAAAUGGUAGUAGAUGGGAAGCAAAGGCAGGAAGUAAAGACGGGAGGUAAUAGACGGGAAGUAAAGACGGGAAGUAAAGGCAGGAAGUAAAAGACAGGUGGUAAUAGACGGGAAGUAAAGGCGGGAAGUAAAAGACAGGCGGUAAUAGACGGGAAGUAAAGGCGGGAAGUAAAAGGCAGGAGGUAAUCGACAGAUGGUAGUAGAUGGGAAGUAAAGGCAGGAAGUAAAGGCGGGAGGUAAAAGGUGGAAAGAUGGGAAGUAAAGACGGAAAGACGGGAAGUGAAGACGUAAAGACGGGAAGUGAAGACGUAACGACGGGAAGUAAAGACCUGAACCGCUGACACACGUGUUGUGUUGAUUUAAAGGAUACGUAGUGAUGCAUAGUUAUCACACUCUGAGGACCUGGAAGCUCAGUAACAAUGAAAGAAAGGAAGGAAGGAAGGCAGCUUUGAUCAUUAUUUAAACAUCUUAAGAGCCAGUGUGUGUUGGUCUUUAUUUGUGGUCCUUUUGUUGGAUGAAGCUGGGUGUUCAGGUCUGGUUUCCUCCACUGAGGAGAUCAUGUCUUUGGUUUGUUUGUCAGCAACAUUACAGAAGAACUGUUUUUAAUAAUAAGAACAUACAGCUGAGUAUCACGUAGAAACUCACAGUAAUACAGAAGAUAAAUAAUACUGAACCUCGCGUUUCUUAAUCCAAUCAGAAGUGUCGUCUCCCUCACACUGUAUAUAAUAAAUAUACAUAUUUAUGUAC